AAAUUCCUUUUUUUUUUUACUAUCAUACAUUAACAUUGGCACUAUCAUCAGGGAACAGUAGUACAGUAUUACGUAGUUCUGAUAUACAGAGAAUAUGAUUUAGAAAAAAUGGUCUGGAAAUUUCAAUUAAGCUUUUACUUCAAGUUCGCUUUACUAAUUUUUGUACCAUGUAUUCUUAUUCAACUAUUUGUUUCGAUAAACAAGAUUCUUGUCCUAAAUUUGAUUGCAUGAAAAUCUCCAUCCCUAGUUCCGUACCAUUCCAGUAACAAAACAUAUCUUUACUUGAAAUUUUAGGCUCUCAUCAGUUUUUAUUUAUUCACAAUAGAAACUUAUGAUUUCAGUAUGGAUUAAAAUGAAGUGUAUGUCCUGUUUACUGGAGAUAAUUCAUAUUUGUGAAGUUUAUAUUAAACACACACUAAUUAUGAAUAUAAAGUUGUGGGUGCACUUAGGGUGAUUGAUGCUUCUUCAUUUGUCAUAAAGGUUGAGUCUUCAGUCUUGACACCCCACCAACUUUUUUCCUUUGUUGCAAAUUCUGUUCUGACCUUCUUAUAUGUGCUCUAAUGUGCAUGUUCAUAAAGUUUCUCCAGUCACUUCUAUAUCCUAUUGUUGUUGUUCAAAUUGCUGCAAUUAUUUUAGGUGGGGCUAUUUGAAUAAUUGUGUCUAGCCCUCUUUGUGUGCGUAUUCUCUUUGGUCCCAUACCAAGAUUUUAAUAGACUCUUCAUUCAAGCAAGCCCUACAUAGAUAGAGACUCUUUAUCCUCUCCCUAAAGUGAAGUUCAUCUUUAAUGUAAAAGUAUCACCAACUACUUAUGUAUUAAUACAGAACUUUGUAUAUUGCAAUAAACUAUCACUUUUGGAGCCUCAAGUACAAUCUUUGCUCUUAUAUCACAUAUACUCUUAAUUGGUAUCUUCAUGACUAUCUGGUUUAAUUGUUAGAAAGAAAAUUGUGAUGCAUAUCUUUUUUUUCCUAUGUUGUCCUUAAUGAUUUACGUAUUCCUACUAUAGGUUAAAGGGCAUAAGGUUGACAUAUUAAAGGGCAUUCUGUUACAAGUUCCAUCAGCUGUGAUAUCACACACUCAACUGUGGAACAUAUAUUUGUAAUAUAUGUUCUACAGUGAUCUGCAUUUGUGGUAAAACUUUUAAAUGCACUCAUGCAAGCUUUAUUAGGCUGCUUUUGUAUUCCAGUUCUUUCUUUGUCGGUGUUAGCGGAAUAUUGAUCAUGGUAGAAGACAAAAUUGAUGCACUGGUAGAUAUCCAGUCUGCAGAAGAAUUGUUAUUAAAUGCUCAAGAUCUUGUUCUGAUUGCACUUCAUAGAGCAAGGGAAGUUAAGGGAUUUUCGGCCAGGUGGAAAACCAUAAUAACUAAGCUGGAACUGGUCCCUGCAUGCUUAUCAGAUUUAUCGAGCCAUCCAUAUUUCUCAAAGAAUACGCUAUGCAAUGAAUAUUUACAAGCCAAUUUGAAGACACUUAAUGAAGCAAUUGCUUUGGCAGAGAUGUGCGGAAAGGAAAAUUAUAGAGGGAGGCUUCAGAUGCAGAGUGAUCUCGAUGCCUUAUCAGGAAAACUGGAUAUGAAUUUUAGAGAUUGUGGGCUUCUGAUAAAAACUGGGAUUCUUGGAGAAGUUGCUGUAAAUUCUAGAACGGAACUUGAGUUUAGUACAAGGGAACUACUUACCAGGCUUCAGAUUGGCCACUUGGAGGCAAAACAUAAGGCUCUUGAUGGUGUCCUUGAGAUUAUGCAAGAGGAUAUAAAGAAGGUAUCAGAAGUUCUUGGACGGAGCAAUAUUGCUGCUUUAGUUCACUUGCUCACUGCAACUUCUCAACGUAUCAGAGAAAAGACUGUUUCAGUCAUCUGCAGACUUGCGGAUUGCAAGUGUUUGGAGAGUUGGCUAGUAGAAGAAGGUGUUCUUCCACCUCUCAUAAGGAUCGUCGAGUCUGGCAGUGCAGUAGGCAAAAAGAAAGCUACACUUUCUCUUCAAAGACUGUCUGUUUCAGUAGAAACAGCUCGUUCAAUCGUUGAGCAUAAUGGAGUGCGCCCUCUGAUUGAAAUUUGUCAGACAGGUGAUUCUGUAACCCAGGCUGCGGCUGCUUGUACUUUGAAAAACUUAUCUGCUGUUCCAGAAGUACGCCAAUCUCUAGCUGAAGAAGGAAUCAUAAAGCUCGUGAUCACUCUCCUUGACUGUGGAAUUCUACCAGAGUCUAGAGAUCACGCAGCCAAGUGCCUCCAAAAUCUCACCUCAACUAACAACAAUCUUCGCAAGCUUGUCAUUUCAGAAGGAGGGAUACCUAGUUUGUUAGCCUAUUUGGAUGUUUCAUUGCCUCAAGACUCCGCGGUAGGUGCAUUGAGGAACCUGAUUGGUUCAGUCUCUGUCGACAAUUUGGUCUCAGCUGACCUCAUUCCAAGGCUUGUUCAAGUGCUCAAGUCAGGCUCACUGAACGCACAGAAGGCUGCAGCCACAGCAAUCUGUCGCGUUUGCAGCUCAAUAGAAAUGAAGAAAAUGAUCGGUGAGGCAGGAUGCAUCCCUCUGCUGGUCAAGAUGCUGGAUGCUAAAUCAGACAGUGCUAAAGAGAUAGCUGCACAAGCUAUUUCAAGCCUAAUGACUCUGCCGCGGAAUUGCAGAGAACUUAAACAAAAUGACAAGGCUCUGCUAAGUUUAGUCCAGUUGCUUGAGCCAAGUCCACAAAACACUGCUAAAAAGUAUGCAGUUUCAUGCCUUGUCUCAAUCUCCUCGAGCAAGAAGUGUAAGAAGCUGAUGAUUUCGUAUGGUGCUAUUGGGUAUCUGAAGAAGCUCUCGGAGAUGGACAUUCCAGGUGCAAAAAAGCUGCUUGAACGAUUAGAACGAAAGAAGUUGAGAAGUUUGUUUAGCAGGAGGUAGAAUAUAAGAUUUGUCAAUACCAAAUUUUCCAGUGAUAUGAUCACAUUGAUCAGUGUUCCAGUGUCAGUAUGGAACAAAUAGCUGAAAAUUGAAUAUGAUUAUCGUAAAGAAAAUAUUUUUACAGCAAUAUAAUUAAAAUUUUGAUUAUAUAUUUUUGUUCAAUAAAAAAAUAUAAAAAUUAUAUUUUUAACUACCCAUCAAAAUAG